CACUCACCGCAGUCUCGCGAACCCACCACCUUCCCCGUUAUCUCUUUAAGUUCCAAAGUUCAAGCCAGAAAAUCGGGACGAGAUACGCAAACUACUUUUUCUCUCGAUAAUUAGAGAUCUACAAAACAUGAACAGAAUGCAAGUCGGCACUAAACUGUUCUCCUCGCUGAAGCUGAUGUCACAAUCGAAAGUACACCUCACGCGCAACAUGUGUGCAUCGGCGGCCACGGCCGGUACGGAAAAGUACCAGUUCCAAACGCUCAAACUGUCCACCCCGAGCCCGUUCGUGGUGCACGUCGAGUUUAACCGGCCCGAUCGGAUGAACGCAUUCAACCGGCAGCUGUGGACGGAGAUCAAGGAUUGCUUCGAUCAGCUGCACAACGAUCCGGACUGUCGGGUGGUGGUGUUGUCCGGCGGCACCUCCAAGCACUUUUCCGCCGGUAUCGAUCUGUUCGAUAUGAUGAAGCUGGGCCAGGAGCUGGGCGCGAUCGAGGAGGUUGGUCGACGCGGUCGGCUGCUGGAGGGUACAAUCAAGCUGUACCAGGACUGCAUCAGUGCGCUCGAAAACUGCUACAAACCGGUGAUCGUGGCCGUACACAACGGCUGCAUUGGGGCCGGACUUAAUCUUAUUACGGCGGCCGAUAUUCGCUACUCGACGCGCGAUGCCUUUUUCUCGCUGAAGGAGGUCGACAUUGGGCUGGCGGCCGAUGUCGGUGCACUACAGCGUUUUCCGCGCGUUGUCGGCAACCAAAGCUGGGUACGCGAGCUCGCCUUCACCGCUCGCAAGUUUUCCAGCGAGGAAGCGCAUACGCACGGUCUGGUAUCACGGUUGUUCGAUACACGCGAAGCUCUGCUCGAUGGUGCCGUCAAGCUGGCGACGGAAAUUGCCGCCAAAAGUCCGAUCGCGGUACAGGGAACGAAGAAAAAUCUCAUCUACUCGGAAGAUCAUACGGUGCAGGAGGGAUUGGACCACAUACGGCAAAUCAACAUGCUGAAUCUGCAAAGUGAAGACUUCCUCACCGCGAUCAUGGCCUCGCAGAGUAAGGAAACACCCGUGUUUGCCAAGUUGUAGACCGUUCCAGACCGUUGUUCUUUUCUUUCCAA